AUGGAUCGUAGUCUGGAGGAAAUUAUCUCUGAGCGACCUGCGAAGCAGCAGCAGCAGCAGCAGCAGCAGCAGAAUCGUCGGGGGCGAAGCAGUCGAAACACUAGCAAUGCGCCACGCGAUGGUGUGAAAAAGCUGACCUUUGUGCCUCCUUUUGAUGUUUACAGUCAUAUCGUGACCGCGUUGAUCUUGAUCGGUGAGUUCUUUCCCCGACGGGGUGUUAUGCUGUUGCUGAUGAUUUGUGUUGCUGUUAAAGUGAUUGGGUUCAUGAUCGAUUCGAUGAUAACAAUGGAGACUCCCGUUCUUCACGACGUGACAACCGAUCUAGACGCGAAAGAGACUCGCCGGAUAGCGAUCAACCCCCGAUUGCGCAUCGACAACCUUCAUUGGGAUUUGACGGAGGAGGAUUUGGAGGGCUUGUUCGGCAACAUCGGACCAGUUCAGAGAGUCCGCAUCAACUUUGACCGUGCUGGCCGCUCGGAAGGAACCGCCACUGUGACAUAUCAAUACCUCGAAGAUGCCAGACAGGCGAUCCGUGAAUUCGAUGGAGCCAACGCCAAAGGCCAGCCGAUCCGACUGACUCUCUUGCCAGGUGGAGGCCGUGGUGCUGGAGGAUCAAAGGCGGAAAAGUCAAAAAGUCUCUUUGACCGAAUUGAACGCCCCCUUGCAGACAGAACCGAGCGUAGCUUGAGCCCUGACGGAGAAGGCGCAACGAAUGGAGGACGACGUCGUCGAGGUGGAAGAGGAGGACGAGCAGGGCGCAGCGACACAUCGAAACCUGCCCCGGAUCACAUCGAUCGCUACGUUCCGGGCCAGCAACAAUCGCAACGCUCACCGACUCGUCGAGGCCAGACGGGCCGUCGUCCUGGAGAACGUCGCGAUGACAGACGCGGUGGCAAUAGGGAUGUUCGUCGAGGCGCAAAUGGCGGUACUGGUCCUCGGCCCAAGAAGACGCAGGAAGAACUUGAUGCGGAGAUGGAUGAUUACUGGGGCAACACCGCUGCUGCUGAUGGUGCUGAGGAAAAGGUUGUUUCUGCACCUGCGACUGUAGCUGCGGGUGAAUUAGCUGGUGCUGCGCCGGCAGGGAAUGAUGAUGACAUUGACAUGAUCGAGUAG